UUUAUUUCCGGAAGCAGAGAGCGCAUGGCUGUAUGUCAGGGGUUUAGUUUGGAACAUGGCUCAGUCAAACUCACUAAAAACGAGUGUCCCGUCGUAUUUAAAAGACGCACAGUUGAUUAAACAAGGCGCAGAAGCCCGUGUCUAUCGAGGUACGUUUUUGGGGCGGUCGGUGAUUAUUAAAGAGAGAUUCCCAAAAUUAUAUCGCCACCCUGAAGUCGAUGAGAAACUGACGCACCGCAGAACCACGCAGGAGGUGCGAUCCAUACUGCGCUGCAGGAGAGCAGGUAUCAACGCACCUGUUGUGUAUUUCGUUGACUACACCACGCAUUGUAUUUUCCUGGAGGAUAUUAUUCACUCUGUGUCAGUCAGAGACCACAUUGCAUCAGAACAAAACCCACAGCACCUCCAGGCUCUAGCGGACAAGAUCGGUGAAGUCCUGGCUCAGAUGCAUGACGAAGACGUCAUCCAUGGUGAUCUCACCACCUCCAACAUGCUUCUGAUCACCGGAGCUGACCAGCAACAUAUUCACCUGGUUCUGAUUGACUUUGGCUUGAGUUACAUUUCUGCUCUAGCAGAAGAUAAAGGAGUUGACCUGUAUGUGUUGGAGAAAGCUUUUCUCAGCACUCACCCCAAAACAGAGACUUUGUUUGAGAGACUUCUGAAAAGCUACACGGCUUCCUCUAAAAAGUCCUCUGCGGUCAUCAAGAAACUGGACGAGGUUCGGUUGAGAGGACGAAAGAGGUCUAUGGUCGGAUAAAGCGCAGUACACAAUAUAUUUUGGUGUCGCAUGCUUUUUUUUUUUUUUUUUUUUUUUUAAAUACAAGCUUAGAGCUGUAGUUUGAUGUUGGAAAUGUAGUCAUCUUUACAUUUAUUUGAGCUUUAGUAUACAAAUAUAAUGUAAUAAAUGGUUUAAACUCAAA